CCGGAAAAAUAGAAGGUGCUAAAAAAAGGAAAGCAUAAGAUGGAGAGAGAGGAGGAGCAGCGAGAAAGAGGGAGGACUACCACCCGCUUGGAUCAUUUUCUUUGCUAGUUUAUUUUGGCUUUCUAGGGUUUCUCAGUGUGGGUGGCUUUCCGGGAUCUUCUUCUUGAUUUCGCCUUCUUCGUCCUCGCUGGCCAACGCUCGUUCUUUCUCUGUCGGGGAGCAAAGAGUUGGAUUUGUGUGUGGAGAACUUGUUCAACAGUUCUUCGCCUUCUUUCAUUCGAUCUGCUUCAUUGGGAGUGGAAGAGAUGAAGUCUUCUUUGAGGAAGCUGAGAGGAUUCGCCCUCCACAAGAGUGCCGAUCUAAAGGAGAAGAGGGACCAUGGAAUCCCUGCUCGCCAAGACGAGCUCCUACAGGCCUCUCAGGAUGUGUUAGACAUGAGGAACUGUUAUGAUAGUUUACUUUCUGCAGCUGCUGCCACGGCAAAUAGUGCAUAUGAAUUCUCCGAAGCCCUGCGAGAAAUGGGCACCUGUCUGCUCGAAAAAACUUCAUUAAAUGAUGACGAAGAAAGUGGCAAGGUUUUGCUGAUGCUAGGGAAAGUGCAGUUUGAACUCCAAAAACUUGUUGAUAGCUAUCGUGUCCACAUCAUCCAGACAAUUACCACACCAUCAGAGUCUCUUCUGAAGGAACUUCAUACUGUAGAGGAGAUGAAACGCCAAUGCGACGACAAACGAGAUCUGUAUAAAUUUAUGUUAGCUGCACAUAGAGAAAAAGGAAGGGCAAGGCAUGCUAAAGGUGAAGGAUUCUCAAUGCAGCAGUUGCAGGCUGCUCGAGAAGAUUAUGAAGAGGAAGCUAAUCUUUUUGUUUUUCGAUUGAAAUCAUUGAAGCAGGGGCAGUCUCGCAGUCUACUCACACAGGCUGCCCGUCACCAUGCCUCUCAGCUAAAUUUUUUUAAAAAGGGUGUAAAAUCACUUGAGAUUGUCGAACCACAUGUUAAAUCUGUGGCUGAACAAUGGCAUAUUGAUUAUGAUUUUAUUGGACUUGAGGAAGACGACUCAGAGGAUGGCGAAGAUAAUGAUUUUUGCUAUGAUGAAAAUGAAGACAGCGAGCUGAGCUUUGAUUAUGGGCAAAAUGAACAUUUUCAAGGUCUUGGUUCAACUAACAGAAACUCAGUGGAGGAAGUGCUUGAGCAGAACCAUGGAGAGUUCCCCUCUUUUGUCAGGGGGACUAUUUCUUCCAGCCAAUCCGCUCCAAUUUUAUCUGACAAAAAACACGAACCAUCCGAAGGAAUCAAACAAAUCCAUGCUUCAUCUCCAAGGAAACUCCACACUUAUGUUCUUCCUACUCCAUUGGAUCCCAAGAGCCCGCCUUUCCUUGGCUCCCGUGCUUCCCUCUCUGAAACCAUCCAAGACAAUAAAGCCGGUUGGCCCAAACAGUUGUGGCAUUCCUCCCCAUUGGAAACAAAUAAGCCUGCUAAAAAUUUAAAAGAUGAACAAUCCAGCCCGAUAAAGUUACCUGGUCCACACUCUGUGCUUAAAGAGAGCAACAUUAAUGGUGGUCCAAUCAAACUUCCCCCUCCUUUGCCCUCAAUUUCACAGAGUGGAGCUUCUGAGACCAAAUUCACUAAAAGACAAGCCUUUUCUGGUCCUCUAAUGAGUAAAAAUUGGGGAAACAAUCAAAGAUUAGCUACCAGUGAGUAUGUUCAGUCAGUAGAUUAUCCUUCUGGACCUUCUUUGUCUCAAGGACGCAUACAAUCAGCUAAGUCAUUGUCCCCAUCCGCCUCUCCGCUUCCCAUUUUUUCGCCAAAAAUUAAUGAACUUCAUGAGCUUCCUCGACCUCCGAUAUGUCACACGAAUCCUGCGAGGCCUUCGGCUUUGGUUGGCCAUUCAGGGCCGUUGAUGCUGAGAGGACAAGGGAUUUAUGCUGCUAAUCGAAUGUUAUCAAAUACGGCGUCUCCGCUGCCGACACCACCUCCGGUCAUGGCUCGAAGUUUUUCGAUACCUUCUAAUGGUCGAAGGUCAGGAACUUUGACAGGGUCUACUUCGCUUGAGGCUGUCCUCAUUCAAGAGGUGCAUGAAGAACCUUCUUUUUCUCCGCCACUCACGAGAAUCUCUCUCUCAAACACACGGCCAUUUGCCAAAGGUUUGGGAUUAGUUGCUCAAGGUAUGAUGCUGAAUGUAGAACUCUCUUUCUGUCUCUCUAUGGAAGAUUUACAUACAUGCCUUUUAAUUGAUGCAGGACAUCUGUGA